UGAAUAUGUAUGAGUAUGUAUAAGAGCAGCGGGACUAGUUGAACUCCAAUGCCAUUGUAGAAGUUGCAGCAGAGGAAUUCUCCCGUAGUGUCCUGUCAGUUGAUCACUGUCUUCAGUUUUCAAACUUGAAACUAAGGUAUGUUAUGUUUUUCCUAUGCUAUACAAGCACAGUGAAAACUAUGGUAAUGUAAGACUUUAUUUUCAGUUUGGAAUAAACCUGCUAUUGAGUUCAUCCUACAUGGAAGUACAAGUUGAUAGGAUUUUGUUCAGUACUAUAUAUUUGCCAAAUGUUUUUUUUUUUAAGCCAUGAAUUUUGGAGACCUCCUUUCAUACGCUCGCAUUGGGUACACACACUGGGCGGUGUACACUGGGAAGAAUGAAAAGGGAGAAAAUACGGUUGUCGAGUUUACAGGUGAAAAGGGACCAAACAGUAAAGCAGGAGCCACUGUGAAGGAAGGUCCGCUCAAGGAGAAUUUCACAGUCAAAAAUCAAUGGCAUGAGGAAACACCAAAAUCUGAAGCAGAGAUGAGAGCAAAUGUUGAGAAGGUUUUGCGUGAUGGCGCCGGAAAAUACGGAAUACUCGACAACAACUGUGAGCACCUAGCCACAUUUAUUCGCUACGGGAAAGCCCAAUCACUACAGGCAAAUCGCGUUCUCAAUACGGCAUCAGACUUUAACAACGAAAUUGCAGAUAACUUCGGUGCAUCUGCCUUUGGUUCGUCCAAUAUGAAAUUUUAAUUAUUUCUUCAAUCUGCAUUCCCCCUCCACUGCACUCACAUGUUAUUUGAUUUGUAGUGAAUGUUUUUUUUUUUUCAAUCAUAUUAAAGUUGAUUUGGCUCCAUGUGUCUUGAUUGUACAAAAAUAUCUUCAAUUUAACAAGAUUCAUGUAACUUUUAGAACAGGUUUUUUUAUGUCACUUUGAGAGGAGUUUUAAAGCAGCCAGUGGGAUAAUUAAAAAUUUACUUCUUUUAAAUAACCAAUUCGCUACUUCCCUACACGCCGGCUCAGUGCACAUCUCAUCAGGGAGACGUGAACCUCUCCCCAUGGCUCCGCUCCAGAUCCCACCGCAGAAGCAGAAUUAACAAGUUACUUUCCCGUUGCCAAACCUAAAUGUACCAUUACACAUUGUUAUAUAUAUAUAUAUAUAUAUAUAUAUAUAUAUAUAUAAUUUAUUUAUUUAUUUUUUAUUUUCUUUUACAAAUCAAGGGAUAACAAUACAAAUGUCCAUGUUUUUUUGUUUUUUUACAGAGAAGGAAUGCAAUCCUUCACAUUGGCCUAAAGCCAAACACAACAAUCUCAAUGCAAAAGUAAAUCAUUCAGAGCUUUUAUUAAAUGCACAGAAACUCUCUGAUUCUUCCAUCCAGAUUGGGGUAUUCUCUGCUUUUAUUGUUAUUUUAUUUCUUAUGCAUUCCAUUUUUAUUCUUAUGUAUUUGUUUCCUUUUCAUGUAGAGCACUUUGAAUUACCAUUGUGUAUGAAAUGUGCUAAAUAAAUAGACUUGCCUUGCCUUGUCUUACAUUCUUUGUGGGAAAGGUAACGAAAAAAGUAGAAGAGGAGACAACACCAACAUAAAUUAUUAGCCUUUCAAAUGACACAUGAUGACCAUUACUAAAAAUUAACACUAUUUUACUGUGUUAAAAUAACCUGUAUUAUUAAAAAUAUAGUUUCCUGUCAAAUUAAUUCCAUUUAGUUUUGUACUAGAUCUUCACAGGGUACUUGCAGAGUUGUUAAAAUAAAAUUGAAAUGAAACAGGCUGGGGCACACAUUCGACAAGCCCUAAAUAUAGCUAGUCAGCAAAACAGGGUAACUGCAAGUUAAAAAUAGAUAUGUUUUAUACAAUCGAUACGUUAUUCGUUUUUGUACAGCACUUUGGUCAGCCUUGGUAUCUUGUAUUGUUUGCUAUAAAAUUAACUGGCUGUUAAAAGUAUUAAACUGAAAGAAGAUUAUACUGUUGUGUUUCAGUGAUUAAACCAAAUGUUGUCAUUACAUAUUACACUAAUCUUGUGUUUGAAACAGAGAUUAUGUGGACUGAAAAUAAGUGCAACUGAAUAAAAGCAUUACAUCAGGUUUUGAACGAAUGACAAGCUGUGUUACAAGUGUGAUCAGUUUGGAUUUUUG